CGUGCACCAGUGUUUACGUCCGACAUUAUCCAAUCCGAGUGUGGAUGAGUUGAUCCCGGUUCCUCUGCUCAGUAAAAGUUCUUCCCGUCCAGGAUGAGCGGCAUGAGGCUGAUCCUGUCCUCCUCGGCGCUCAUCGCCUGCGCGGGGCUCGGGUACGGGAUGUGGUCCAUGAUCUCCCCCGGAGAGGAGCGGAGGAAGGAGAUGCUCAAGAAUCUGCCUGAAUCCAACCCGGUGCGGAUGGAGGAGACCCGGCAGAGGAACGCCAUGGUGAUGCAGGUGCUGAAGGAGGCUGCAGAGACCGGCGAUAACCUGGCCCGAGGAUACAGCGGCCCGGCCAAGUGACGCGGCUGCAGGGCCGGCCGAGGGCUCGCCCGAGGGCUGAACCGAGGGCCUCAGGCCCUGAGCGCCGCCCACAUGCAGGCUUCACGUGUUUGCUCUCAUGAACAUGGACUUUGUGUUGUUCUACAUGGAUUCUGUUGUCUAAUGUGGUGCUCUCAACCUGUAUUUUCCUCCGAUCGUUAAAUUAAAAUUUUAUAAAGAGGAUAUAAUCUCA